CCAAUCUGUCUUUAAAUUGCUCUUGUCACCGUAAUUUACUGCCAACCAACUCAUAAUGGUUGCCAAAUUGACAACCUUUCUAUAUGUAUAUACUCAUUCAUUUUCGAGCGCGUAACAGUGCCGGUCAUAAUGGUGCAAUUUUUAGGAUUUCUAGUACUUACUUUUGGUGCGGCGUUUGCCAGCCAUUGGUCGUAUGAUAAUCAAACUGUUUGGCCCGAACUUUGCAAUAGUGGAACCAGACAAUCUCCAAUCAACAUUCAAACAUCUUCCACAAAACAAACGUAUUUGUUACCUUUUAUAUUCACUGGGUAUUCCGAACGUUUUUUUGCUAAUGUAACUAAUACUGGCCAUACAGUAAAAAUAAACUUACAAAAUAAUGGUAAAGUUCCUACAGUAGAAAGGGGUGGGUUACCAGGCACUUACGCUUUGGAUUCUGUUCAUUUUCAUUGGAAUUCUGAACACACAAUAAACGGCUAUAGGUAUCCUGCCGAGCUUCAUGCAGUGCACUAUAAUGUCCAGUAUGGAAAUUUGGAUAAUGCAACAAUACGUGAAAAUGGUCUUGCAGUAUUUUCUAUUUUGUUCGAAAUUUCUUCCGAUGAUGAUAAGUACUUCAGUCCUAUUAUGAAGGUGAUCGAAAAAGUAGAUAAUACUGUUGGAAUGACAGCGCAAACCAACGAAUCCUUUUCUCCUGACAUAUUUUUUCCACGUGAUACUUCUGGGUAUUACCGCUAUAUUGGAUCAUUAACCACACCAGAUUGCAAUGAAGGUGUAAUAUGGACACUAUUUACAAAUACAUUACAUAUCUCUGAAUCUCAGGUCUCGUAUUUUACAAGUAUGUGGUCAGAAACAGGUCUUCUAACAGAAAACUAUAGAACUCAGCAGCCUAUCAAUGGUCGUCCGGUAUACGAGAAGAUUAGCCCACUUCCAAAAGUAAUAACGAUAGUUACAUCAAAUGCUAGUAAAGUAGCAUACAUCAAAUUGUUAAUGCUAUUCUCAAUAAUAUAUUUGUAUUUAAAGUAACAUCUGUUCUUGUGUAAUGUCCUCCUCACUGUUGUAACAAUAAGCUCUUUCUUCUGUGUAAACACUACCGCACAGGUAAAAUAUUUAAAACUGGGAUCGGGUAAAUACAAAGCUGUUUUUCAUUUUUAUUAGGAAAAUUUGUAAUCCAAACUAUAAUUUGCUUUGUAGGUGUUUUAUGCAAUUGUCACUACCUCAAUUUUGUUAUAACUAUAUUUAUAGUAGUUGUAUAGAUAUAUUUAUUACUACAUAUAUAUCAUCGGCAUCAUAAGAUAGUCUGAAGAGAUACACCUGCACGUUUUUCUAGUCUAAGCCAUUCGCAUUUCCCUAGCUUUAUGGUAUCCUAAAGUUUAAUUCUUAAAGUGAUAAAAGGGCCGAUUUUAAUCUCAGAUCAAAAACUGAGGAACUAGAAAUAACUGUAAGUGACGAUAAAUAGAAAACCGUCUGAAAGCCGAUUCUUUCUUUUCCGAUUCGAGCUUCUCUCAGUAAACGUUUUGAUAGUCCAAGAGCUGGCUACAUAAAUGCGAACUGAUCGAAUAUAAAUUUAAUUUUUUCUUAUAAGAUUCCGAUAAUGUCAUCUAAAAUUGUGGCCAUCUUGCAUAAGUCAUUGCUGCUGCAAUUAGGGCAGUAAAAAGGUUAAUCCUGCGUUCUUUUCCGCAAAUAAAAAUGAUCGAUUAUAGUUCUGCAAAUUGGUAUUGGUUCAUUUAGAGCUCACCAAAUUAUUAAAAAUAUUUGCAGAAAUGUUGCGGAUAAAGGGUCGGGAUUGACGAUCAGUAUAUAUACUUAGUUGUGCAACUUUGCAUACAUCAAGGAUAUUAUAUAAUUAAAAUUUUUAUGAAUUUGUAAAAACCAAAAAUGACUGUAGGUAACUAAAAAGAUUAUUUAAAACCUUGCGCAUGAGUUUUUCCUGUAUCUGACGAUUCUUUAUAAUAGUAGUUCUUCUUAUUCUUCUGAAGCUCAUUUCAUCCCUGAAAACAAUACAACAACGCUUUUCUCCUGUCAGCUCAGAUAUUGAAGAAUCAUUAAAUUUAUUUUGUUAUUCAAUAGUAAAUCAUGCUCCACCUAAAUUUAUAUCAUUAUUACGUCUGAACAAGAAUUUUCUUCUUUAUCUGACGCAUUUACUAAUGUAAGUGCAUUUUUAUUUUAUUCUGGAAAAGUGUCAAUAUUUUUAUUGUGAAUCCAAAUCACACUGAAUUUCAAAAAGAACUGAAUGGAAAUAUCUACAAUAAAUUCGUAACCGGCGAAAAACAUUAUUUAAUUUAUAAUGCAUUUAAUAAACCGAAAACAACAGUUUCUCUUGUAAACAUUCGUCGGGCAUCCGUACAAAAUAAUUGCUUUUUUAUACUUUUGAAAUUUUAUACGAAAUUUUUAAAGAAACUGAUUCAUUAAGAAUGCCUUUAUAAAAACUUUUUAUGCUCAAAUGUGUUCAAAAAGAAUAAUAGAGCAACAAUUUCAAAAACUAAAAAAGAGCACAGAAACGACUUAGCAGAAGAAAUGGAAAAUGGAGGAAUAAUUCUACGUGCUGGAAAACCAACAAUAAUUUUGGAAGAAUAUGGAAACUCCAAAAUAUAAGAGAUGGAGCUGCAUGGACAUCCAAUCAAAAUGCCCGGUUAUUGUGGUUUCCAAAAUGUUUUCGGCAAUGAAAACGCAAGAAUGCAAGAUUCGCAUAGACUACCAGAUCCCUACACUAAAUUAAAUCAGCCGGGCAUCACCGGAAAUAUUUAUAUU